AUGAAUGUGAGCAGAGACAAGGUCGGUGACAUCUCCAUCCCGGCAGCGGCAGCCGCGGCCGUGACAGCCCCCGCAGCCGCGGCGGGCAUCGGCGGGGAGUCCUGCGGCGUGCGCGGGGAAGGCAUGGACAGCCAUGGGGAGCAGCGGCUGUCGGCCGGCGGAGAGCUGCCGCUCUACUCCUGCCCUGGGAAUAGGGACAGACAAGGGGACAGCCAGAGCAACACUCCCGGACAAGAGGGGGCAGUGGCCGCGCUGCCCAUAGUGCACAGAACCACCUCCUUCUCCGUGCUCGACAUACUGGACCCUAACAAAUUCAACAGCAAAAGGAGGCAGUGCGCGGUCUUGUACAAAUCGGUGGCGACCGAGUUCACGCUGGGGGCGGAGGAUAAGCCCGAGGACUCAGGGACGGAGCUGGCCGAGCCAAAGGCUCUCGCCGAAGAUUUCGACACGUGCAAGAAGUCCGCAGAGCUGAUCAAGGACGGCGAGCUCUACAAGGCCGAGGAGUGCGACCUGGACUACAGCAGCCGGCCGAGCCGCAGCCCCGACAGCGAGCUGCAGGACGACGAGGAGCUGUGCAGCGAGGAGAGCAGCAGCAGCGGCAGCACCGGCAGCGGCUCGGCGGCUCCCGGCGAGGCCGAGGCGGGCCCGCAGCACUCCGAGGCUCCCGAGGCGCAGCCGCCGCCGCCCCAGCAGCCCGGCGGAGGGCAGCAGCAGGCCAAGCCCAAGAGGAAGCGCACGGGCUCGGACUCCAAGUCGGGCAAACCCCGGCGGGCGCGGACAGCUUUCACCUACGAGCAGCUGGUGGCGCUGGAGAACAAGUUCAAGUCCACGCGGUACCUGUCGGUGUGCGAGCGCCUCAACCUGGCGCUCUCGCUCAGCCUCACCGAGACGCAGGUGAAGAUCUGGUUCCAGAACCGCCGCACCAAGUGGAAGAAGCAGAACCCGGGCGCCGACACCAGCGCGCCCACCGGCGGCGGCGGGGCGGGCGGCGGGGCGGGCGGGGCGCUGGGCGGAGGGGCGCUGCCGGGCGGCCUCAGCCCGCUCAGCCACUCGCCGCCCAUGGGCAACCCGCUGUCCAUGCACGGGCCCGGCAGCUACGCGGGUCACCCGGCCGGGGGGUUGGUGUGCGCCGCCCAGCUGCCCUUCCUGCCCAGCCCAGCCGUCCUCUCGCCCUUCGUGCUGGGCUCGCAGACUUACGGCGCUCCGGCUUUCUACACCCCUCACCUAUAAGCGCGCGCCUCCUCUUUCCCUCAGCCCGCGCUGCCCUCGGCGCUGAGGGGCCGCCACGGCCCGAGGGACCCUCAGCGGAGGGGCGCGGUGGCGGGCUGGGCUCUUACCUCAGCGCACGGAGCAUUGCGGACCGGACCGGACCGGACCGGACCGGACCGGACCGGCGCAGCGCCGCGCGCGACGGCCGAAGCCCCCUCGCCUGCAGGGCUUUGGGUUUCUUUCGUUUUUACGUUCUGCGUUUCUGUAUAUUUCUGGUCGUUACGGGAAAAAAAGAAAGAAAAAAAAAAAGAGAGAAAAAAAAAGAAAAAAAAAGUUUUAACUUUAUAAUUAAUGUAUAAGGGAUGGGAAUGACGGCGGGAAGAUGAUACAGAGAGCACUUUGUUUGCCGAACGCUUUAACUCAAUCAAUAAACGUGAAGGAACCCGUGGUGCCGGCUGCUGCUUCCGGGCGGGGCUGCAGGAAAACGCCCACAAAAGGCAAAGGGAGACGAUGCGGGGCUUUGGUUUCUCGUUGCGUUUGCGUUGGGAACAGCGCCGCGUGUUCCCCAUCCCCAAAGUUCGUUUGUCCUCUUAAGGCAGCCGGCGGUGCCCUCCCGUGUUCCCGUGGCCGUCUUUACCCGCCGACCUCCGCCCUACAACGUUAGGGCCGCCCUCCCCCCCCCUCCCCACUCUUUUUUUAUGUUAUCCCCUCUGUCCCCAGACGGAGAGUCCGAUAUUUUGGCUUCAUGUAAAUGGAACACAUCGGUUCUUUCGCUCAUAUCCCGCCCUUUAACAAAUAAAGCAAGCUUCCC